UCGUCAGCAUUCAGCAAGAAAGCAAACACUCUUCGUCAAGCGCGUCGGACAGCGCCGAGUCCCGCUCAAGCUCGGCUUCAACCGUCACCCUCGAUUUCCAGUCCACCUGCUGUGUCUUUGUCGACUUCCGCCGUCGACUUCCACCGUCAACCACCGCACCCCUCAACGCUUCCCAGCUUCUCACCGAACACCACCCCCCAAGAUGUCUUCCCAGUCCCCCAUUCCCCUCUCCCUAACCAUCUCCCAGCCAAACGCCACCGCUGCCCCCCCAACCCUCCUCCUAACCCUCGCCAACACCUCCCCAGACGUCCCCAUCACCCUGCUAACCUGGUCCUCCCCCCUCGACCCUCUGGCCCUCCAACUCGGCCUCAUCCACAUCUCCUCCCCCUCCAACUCUUCCAACAAGAUCGACUUCCCUAAGCUCAUGAUCAAGCGCGCCAUGCCUCCUCCCGAGGACGCGCUGGUCACUUUGGGCCCUGGAGAGGCACGGAGCCAGGAGGUGGUGAUGAGGGAGCCGAUUGUUGAUGGAGACAAACUCUUAGAGUUGGCGGAGGAGGGGAAGGUGGGGGUUAGGGUUGUUUGUGGGAAGGAGGAUGAUGAGGAGAGCGGGGUGGUGGUUUGGGUGGGGAAGAAGAGGGAGGAUGUUAGUCCUGAGGAGGUCGAGUUGCUGGGAAGGGGAAAAGAGGCGAAGAGGUGGAGGGUUGAGAGGGAGGUUUUUGGGAUGAGGGUUAAUGGGUCGUGAUGGGGGGUUAUUGGUGUUGAUGGGAAGAGUAAAGGAAGAGGGGAGGGGUUGGUCUGUGCCGGAGGGGAAGUGUGUUGCCGACCCAGGGUUGGGGUUCAGUGUGUCGGAAGCAGGACUGGGAUGCUGAGAUGGAAGGAAACGAUGUCCUCGUCAUCCCAAGACACAAACGGGAAACAAACAGCCGGGACAGCUCGUGGUUGGCCGGGUUAGGGUUUGACUCGUGCUAGAGCCCUGCUGUCCCUACACAACAACACCACAAUGCUUCAUGUUCGACUUCAGCAACAGUCAGUGGGAUGCAGUCAAAAAACAUGAAUCAUUCAUUGUCAUACACAUCAUUUAUAUUUCCCCAAGAUCUCCAUCCGAAACAGGAUUGUCUUGAGUGUUGGCGGUGUCUUCCUCCAGACGCCUUGCCAGGCAUGCUGUACAUAGUGUACAAGUGAA